AUGGAGUCAAUAGUUACUCAAACACGUUUAUUUCAAUAUGCUAAAAAAGAAACAACACCUUAUCGUUUAUUUAUUCAAAAAUGUAAAUAUGAUUGGGCAUUAGUUUUUUCUGGUAUGUUAGCAUUUAAUUUAUUAAUUGCACUUUUACCAAUGGCUAUAACAUUAUUUGGUAUAUCUGGUCUAGUACUUGAUAAUCAUCCUGAAUUACGAAAUCGUAUACGACAAAAACUUAUUAAUGCAUUUCCACCAAUGGCAAAAGAUGGUGUACGUACUAUAAUACAAAUGGCAUUUAAACGAUUACAUAAGGAUGCUGGAAUUAUUUUAGCAUUUGGUAUAUUAUUUGGUAUUAUUGGUAGUUCAAGAUUAUUUAUUUCUAUUGAUAGAACUUUAACAAUAAUUUAUCGUGUUGAAGAACGUAAUUUUGUUAGAAAAUAUGUUUUAGGCAUCGGAAUGCUUGUUCUUUUUCUUGUUCUUAUUCCAAUAAUGAUAUUUGCAUCAUCAGCUCCUUCAAUACUUCUUAAUUUUAUACCAAAUACUGGUGGACGUUUUGUUACAUAUAUUGUAGGACUUGUUACAAGUUUAUGUGUUUCAUUUAUUUUAUUUGAAAUUAUAUAUUUACUAGUACCAAAUAGAAAAAUAACAUUUAAAAAUACCUGGUGUGGAGCCAUAUUUUCUGCUGGAUGUUUAGAAAUCUUUAUGUUACUUUUUCCACUUUAUAUUAAAAAAUUUAUGUCAAGUUAUACAGGUCAAAUUGGAUUUGCAAUUAUUUUACUAUUAUUUCUUUUCUAUGCAGCAGUGAUAUUUAUAAUAGGUGCACAAAUAAAUGCUUUCUUUUUCGAACAUAUUCAACCAUUACCUGUAUCACUUGGUUCAUUUGUUAGUACACUUGCUCAUGAAUAUCAUGAACGAGAAGCUAGAGAACCAUUAAACAUUUAA